AUGCCAUUUCUUAUAUCCUUCUUAGCCUCACUCUAUCGCAAGCUCGUCAUGGGAUCCGGGGGUUCGAGCGGCUCUGGCGGCGACAAUGGACGGAAUGUCAAAUGGGUCGACGGACUGCGCGGAAUGGCAUCCUUCCUUGUGCUCCUCACCCACCUGGCUCGCGCAUUCGACUAUAACUUGUUCAACGCUAGAGACACCGAAAAUGGCCCGAUUCGAUUGUUACAACACCCUGUCCUCCGUAUCCCCUGGCAGGGCAGAAUCGGCGUCACGAUCUUUGCCUUUCUCACAGGAUACGUCUGUGCGCUUAAACCGCUGAGGCUCUCCCGAGCCGGGAAUCACAAUACUGCCUUUUCUUCCAUUGCGAAAAGUGCCUUCCGCCGACCGAUUCGGCUAAUAAUGCCCGCCACCAUCGCUCUCAUUCUGUCUUGGACAAUAGCGCAGUUCGGGGCGUUUACGGUCGGCAGAAGGUGUGAUUCGGGUUGGUUACGAUUUUCCAGCGUCAGCGUCAACCCGUCGUUUCUUCAUGAGGUUAAGAGACUGUUCCGGGUAUUCCUCGCUACUUGGACAAAUGGCCAUAUGGACUAUGAUGACCAUCAGUGGGCAUUGUUGCCGCUGCUCAAGGGCUCCAUGAUGGUCUACGUCACCUUGGUUGCCACGAUGUAUGUACAAUAUCGAUAUCGCAUGCUGGUGUAUGUCGGAAUGUAUAUGUAUUUCUGGCAAAAUCCUGCUGCAGACACAGAAACUUUUGGCCAGCAGUUUUACCUUGGAAUGUUCCUGUCCGACAUGGCCAACCAUCAACCUACGCAGUCUUUCGUUUCUUCUCGCCGCUGGACCCGUAUGAUUGUCUGUCUUGUCCUCGCCUCGAUCGGUCUCUUCGUCGCCUCCUACCCAACGCAUCAUGCCGAAUGGUGUGGCUGGUCCAACUUCCUCCUCCAGCUGUCGAAAUACAUAUUCCCUCGUGAGACCAACCUGGGCAAACGGUACACGGCUCUGGGAGUCGACUUAGUCAUUUUAUCAAUCUACCUCUCUCCGUCCACAAAAGCUCUGCUCUCAAAACCUUUCUUCCUCUGGCUGGGACGCAACAGUUUCGCCGUCUACCUCACCCACGGCACACUCCUCCGUACCGUGCUCGUUUGGAUGAUCUACGGAAUAUCCGGUCAGCCAUGGAAAGAAUGGAAGAACGACAAAGGUGAGAUGGAGCACUCGCCUUUCCUCCCUAGGGGAUCGGGCUUGAAUUUUGCAAUCAGUAUCCCGACGUGGUUUGUUCUGGUCUACAUCGUCGCGCACUACUGGACGACGUAUGUGGAUAGUUUCUGUGCGCGCAUGACGCAGAAACUGGAAAAUUUUGUCUUUGAGCAGACAGAAAAGUCCCCAAUGAAUGGCCUUCCGAUGUAA